CCCAGCUUCAGCUUCUCAUUCCAUCUUUCGCAUCUCAGUCCGCUCGCUGUUCCCUGGCGCUCUCACGGUUGCCUGCUGGUACUCCUGCCCCUCGAGACUUCAGAUUGGUUUGCGCCAAUCUGGAUGUUCUGCAAACCUGCCGAUCCGCCCGCGCAUCGUGCGACGCUCAGACGAACGGCCAAGACACCGGCCCGAGUGUCCGUCAAACCGCAGUCUUGCGGCGACAUUUGCCCACUCGCCGCCCCUCUAUGCCGCCUCGUUAUCGCCUUUCCUCCCACGAUCGCUCCCCGCCCAUCAGAAAUGCUUCGACCUCUGGAGUAGACUUACAAUAGACCCUCCGACAUGGAGUCCGCCAGACCAAAAAGCUCGGGAUUCGCAGCCCCCCGCCGCGUCUUUACCUCUCCGCUGCCCCCCUCUGCCCCGCAGCCCGCAGGGGGUUUGGUCGACACUCUCUAUUACCAUCCAAAUGUUAAGAUCGUCUCCUUUACCGCAGGAACUAGCUUCCUCUUCAAUCGCCAGCGGACAGCAGGAAGGUCGGACAUCGAACCGGGAUCGCUCCCGUGGUCGUCCCAGCUCGAACGAACGAUUGCGGUUGGUCCCUUCAGUAUAUAUCGUGCCCCCGGAUCAGUAGCCUUCCUCAGCUGCGGUGCCGCUCUUCAACCGAUCCUCCCGAAGAGCCAGGUAUGGUGCGUCGACGAAGAAUCCAGCAAGUUUGUCUUGCAGAUCCGGAGACCUCAGUACUGGCGUAUAGAGGUUCCCGUAAAGGAGCAAGAAGAUGUGCGCGGGGCCCAACGUCUUCGAGAGGUUUUUGACUCCAUUUUGCAAUUUGAAAAGACAGAGUGCCCGUUCAAACGAUCCUUUACCGUCGAGCUCCCAGAGCGCCCGCGAACGCCGGUGGAAAAGCGACCUUGGACUCCUGCGAGGAGGUCCAGCGCAUCAUUACCCUUGACGCCAGUUACUCCCGUUGAAAUUGCCCGCCUCCAUGAGGGAACGCCGAGAGGCUCCUUUUGCAUGGGUGACCUGAGGGCGGCGCUGGGCACUCGGAGGGUGCUCAAUGAACAUACCAAGAACCAAGAGCCGCCCGCUGGUGAAGUAGCGCCAGCAUAUCGUGACACAUUUGGCACUCAUGGACAGACCGAUGACAACUCAUCAAGCGUGAACCCUGGCCACGACAAACCUGCGGACGUUUCAGCUGUCCUUCCACAGCGCAUCCCCUCCGCUGCUUCUCCUCUGCCAAAGUUAAGCCCGUUGUCUUCGGCAGACAAGCGAAUUGAAGCGCCUAGGUUUACAUCGCCAUCCGAGUCUCUGGAGUCGAUCCGAGGUCGGGAGUCAUGGCUGCCAACCCCCCUUCCUCCAUCUCCCCCUUCGUCGACCCCCGGGUCACCGCGGAACUCAGCUCAAGUUCUGCGCAUGCAAGACUCGGCAGAAACGGCCAAUACCAGCCAUACCGUGCCCAGUCGCGGUAUAGGUUCCAGACCCUCCCAGCCUUGGAACGCCAACACCACCGAUUCGCUUAAUGUAUCCAAGUGCAGUACCCCAGCCUGCCAUCCGCAAGAGCCGGCGGCCACCGCCCAAUCAACAGUGAUACCAAUCAUAAAAGAACCCGAAACCAUCUCGCCCAGCUCAACACCGACCUCCCCCCACCCCGAGUCCCAAAUGCGCCGCGAACCAACUGCAGCCUCCUCAGCCUCUUCUGACCGCUCUUGCUCUCCCUCCCGCCGCAGCCUCUCGCCCUUGUCACCACACGGCAACGCACCUACCACAAAGCUCCGGCGACAAUCUUCUCCCACAACAACGGCAUACAACACAACAGCACGUCCGAACCGAGCCAGCACAGCCGGAACCACAUCAACGCAAGGCACGCUAGCGGUAGUCCGCAGCCUGCCGAUGACGGUGCUCCAUAAGACAUGCGAAAUACUCAUGUCUCCACCUUCGCAUCUCAUCAGCUUGAUGCUUGACGUCGCCGCUCGAAUAACGGCCGGCGAGUGGAGGGGCCUCGUGUUUGGCAUGGGCGAGGGCGGUGAGCGUGUCAGUGUCGCUUGGGAUUGGAGCGAUGACGAGGGAUAUAUGGGGUAUGGCAGGCUUGAACGGGACGAUUUCUGGCUAAGGGAUCGUAGGAAUACGCGCCCUACCACGGGAAGGAGGUUGAAGAUGGCGGGUGCUUUUCCUGAUAGUGACGAUGAAGAGGAGGAGGAGGAGGGAAUCGGGCCGUUAGAUGUGCCACGCUCGUUCAGGGGGACGUCAGUGUCCCCCCGGAAGGAGAACGAGGAGGGUCGUAGUGCCGUGGCGGACGAUUCCGCGGCCGAGGCAGUGAAGAGCAGAGAACCAGGGGAAGACAAACCUGCGAAAGAGGACGCUAUCUAAUACUCUGCGCCCCUUGGUCACGCGCUUCUCGGCCGCACCAUCUGCUGUUCCCGCCAGUACUUUGGCAGACGCGUUCUCAUCCUAAUCGGGACAUCGGCGUUCGCGUUGAUAGCUGGUUUCUUACGAAUAAUGUCUCUCACGGCUGGGGGAAGGAGAGCGAGUUGUAUUUCAUGACUGUAUGAUAAUUACUGGAGUUCGAAGUAAUGGUAUUUAUGUAUGUAUGUAUCUACGGGGGAACAUGAGAGAUGGGGAGACGCAUGAAACCUCCUUUUCCGGUUGUUGACCGAGGCAUGUUGGGCGCGGUAUGGAAUGGAAUACACAUGUAUGCGAUACAAACUACAAGGUAAUGGACAAACUUUGCGUGACGUUUAG